CCGUGUCUGAACUAGGCACAUAGAUGUUGGGUCCCAGGUUGGAAUAUUACAUCAUUCAACCUUGCCAGGGACACAGUAUAUAAAGCAGAUCUGGGCUGGGUUUGGAGGAGAGAACAAACUUGUCUUCAUUAAGGUUAACAUCAGGAAAGAGCAGUGCAAGACAUCACAGGCAAAAUGUUGCUAAAAGUGGAAGAACUGGUGACUGGAAAGAAAAGUGACAAGAGAGAUACUGGAGAUUUUGUAUCUGGAGAUUUUAAACAAGGCGUUUAUGAAACAGCAGUAACGCUAGAGAAACAUGAUGACUUAAAAACAACUUCAAAAUCAUUGCUUCAACAAGAGGAAGAAAGACAAGCACUGCAAAAACAACUAAAGGCCGAGCUCAUCAAAAAGAAACUAGAUGAACGACCAAAGUUGGAUAGCUUGGAAGAUCUUCAAACUAUAAUAAAACUUAAAAAGCGAAAAAGAACCAAAAAAGUUAAAGCGCCGGUGGUCAAGGAACCAGAACCUGAACCAAUAAUUGAACAAGUGGAUGAAACAACAUUCUUAAAAGCAGCGCUGGAAAACAAAUUACCUAUAGUUGAAAAAUACUUAUCAGAUGGUGGGGAUCCAAAUGCCUGUGAUGAGUACAGACGUACUGCCCUACACAGAGCUUGCUCAGAAGGGCACAUUGCCAUCGUUGAGAAGUUAAUCGAUGCUGGAGCGGACCUAGAAUUCAACGACAUGCUCGAGUCUACGGCAAUACACUGGACCUGUCGUGGUGGAAAUGUUGAGGUUUUAAAGUUAUUGCUUAAUAAAGGAGCAAACAUCAAUGCAAGAGACAAGUUGUUCAGUACUCCCCUUCACGUUGCAGUCAGGACAGGGCAGUAUGACUGCGCAGAACAUCUCAUUGCCUGUGAAGCAGACUUAAAUGCCAAAGACCUGGAAGGAGAUACACCAAUGCACGAUGGAGUGAGAUUGAAUCGCUACAAAAUGAUGAGGCUGUUGAUCCUGUAUGGAGUCAAUUUAACGAUCAAAAACUGUGCUGGGAAGACACCAAUGGAACUCGUCUUGCAGUGGCAGAAUGGAGCCAAAGAAAUAUUCAGCGGCCUUCAGGAGAAGUCUUACAAGGGCUCUCACAUACAGAAUUUCUGAUGGAACAGCUCAGGAAAAAAAAAGAACACUUUCAAGAGGCAUUGGCAGUUUUUGUUGCUUCAAUAAGCUUUGAGACUAUUCCAUAUUUAUUUAAAACUCUUUGCACUUUUAAUGUUGUUUUUUAUAUAUAUAUUUAUUUAUUGUUUAGCAAGACUGUAUUGCUAUCGCGCUUUAUACUAAUUCCAUGAGGAUGAAAAUAUGUAUGUCCAAGAUAAAAGUGACAUAUAUAUGCCUGAUUGGUAUUGUUUUAUUAAAACAUAUAAAGGAUGCACAUAUUUAUAAUUUGACUAUGCUAAACGCAUGUAGAAGUGCAACACGUAUUGCACUUUAAACAUUAUAUGAUGACUUACACAAUAUAACGAAUUGUGGAAAAUGCCAUGAAGAGUGAUCUAGAACGUAUGUUUGGAAAUGUACAUUUCUGCAGUGGGCUGGGCUAACUGUUUCUUAAACGUUAAAGGCGUCCUACCCAGCAAAGUUACUAGACAACAGAAUGGAGACAAAUGUAACGUUGGUAAAGAGAGCGUUGUUAUCUAGCGAGUGACCCAGUGGAUUUACAAAGCGACAUCAUCCCUGUGCUGCCUGUAGCUCGCUCUGUUAAUGUACAGUAUUAGUAUUUCAGAGCUUGAGUUUCAGCACUGGGUCCAUAUGUCCAGAAUAGCACAGGUUUUGUCAUCUUAAAACCAGUGCUAUUUAAUCCACUGCCAUUUGCCUUAGAAAACAAACCCCAUAUGUGGCUUGCAGCAAGGAGCAAUGUGACACUAGUCUCAUUACAGGGGCUUCUAAGAUUUGGGGAACAGUUAAGAAAACAGAAGUAAAUGCAAAUGUAUUUUUCUCUAGAUUCAAAGAAGCACAUUAGGAAGAAUCUACCAGUGCAGUCUUAUAAAUACCAGUAACUAUGUAUUUUACAACUAAAGUCAGGUUUUGUGUCCGUUUCCCCCGAAACAUAUGUGAGUGCGGAAAAAACAAACAGGUGACUUUACAUGUCGUAAUACAUCUCAAAAAUGGUAAAAUUAGGGCUAAAUCUGUGUAAGACACCUCCAUGACUCUAGUGCACAGACAGAACGCUCUGCAAGCUAGUCCAUUAAUAGGAUAUGGAGCCUAGACCCAGAAUAAUGGGCUCUCUAAACUUUAGAGUUCCUGAAGGCCUUCAGGGGACAUAAGGCUUCCAAGCUAUGAGUAAUAAUGGACAGAGAAUGGCCGAGACAGUGGAAGGGACUAGAAAGAAAUGCAAUGGCAAAUGGAAAGGUUGUAUUAUAGAAUGUCCAUUUUGUACAUUUGUAUUGUAUUUUCUGUACAUUUUGUAUUGAGCACAUUUAUUUAUGAGGAAAUAAAUGACUACAGUCUUUAUAUACCAAAUAAUGACAAAGAAAUGGACAAAUAAUUUAAGAAUGAUUAUCUGUGAUACAGAAUAGCCUGGUGUUAGAAUGCAUCACGGUAGUUAGGAUCUGCUCUACCAGAGUGCCUGCAAUGCUGAAAAGUGUAAUUACCCUAUUCGCAUUACACUGUGCAAGACCUGUGAUCUUGAGAAGUGAUCCUACAUCACUGUGAUUAUCUGUUAACAGAAGGAAAUCUACACCAAGUAUGUAAUAUGAAUUGCUCUAAGAUUACUUUAAUUUCAGGAUGAGCAGUCCGCUCAAGGAUGAUCAAAGUUCGCCACCUAGUGGUGCCUACCUUGUAAUCAAAUCUUGUUCUCCUGACUUACAAAAUAGACUUUACAACUGUGUUAGAAAACACCAUUAAACCAUUUGUUUUGUGUGUGUCAAGUUAUUAUAGUUAAAGUGCACGAAUCAUGGAGGCAGCCAUUUUGUGAAAUGAAUUAAUACAUGCAACAGUGCAGCCUGAUACAUUUUAUGCACUUUUAAUAACAUGGCUAUUACACAAAACCUACAGGAAGGAAGAAAAAAUAUAUAUAAAUCACUUCUAGAACUGCUCUAUGUUGUAUCACUAAUGCAGGUUUUGGGAAGUGUGACGCUAAACCAGUACACAAAAUGGGAUUUUGAGCAACAUUGUUUUGUAUGAUCUCAACUAUUCCAUUAUUGUUUUUUCAAGAACAAUAUAUAUUCUGUACAGCUGUUUAGCAAUAAACUUGCUAAAAUGA